GUUUUAGCUCAAUGACUAAGCUUUAAUUGAGAUUUAAUUUACUAUCGAUUCCUGAUUGAGAGAUGGAAAAGAUUUAACAAUUAAGGUUUGAUUGUUAGAAUCGAGGUUAAUAUAAAUCAUAUAAAAUAUUAGUUAAUUGGUUGAUUGAAUGUUCAAUGGGCAAAAUUAUAAUGUUAAUUGUUGUGAUUAAGUUACGCAUGUUCAACAAUUUAACUUCAUUGGGACUUUGGUUAAUAAGAUAUUGUUACAUUGACCAAAGAUAUUUGAUCUGAAUGAGAUUGAUGUUUGAUUUAAUUAGUUUAGUUUUAAAUUGGUUGAAUUAAAUUCUGUCCUGAGUUUAAUUAAUUUGUUUCUGUGAGAGACAAUCAACUGAUUCUCAUCAAUAAUGAUUAUGAUUAACUUUCUGUGUCAACUUUUUAUCACUUUUUCAUUUAUAAUAUUAACUUUGUCUUUCCUAUUAAACUUGAUUAUCUCAAUGAUGAUCAACAACAAUCAACUAAUUAUAAUCAUGUGUCAAAAUCAAUUGCAUCAGAUGGUGAGGUUACAAUUAAAGUGAUUUACAACAAUUUAACUGGGAUUAAGACAAUGAUUCAAAAUUAUCGUCUUCAACAGAUUACCGAUGGAAAUGAUAUUUUACAAAUGUGGUACAUUGAUAAUCAAUUGGUUGAUUGUGAAUAUGAUGAUGGUGAUGAUGAUUCAAUUAAACGUUUAAUCAAUCAGGUUAAAUCGUCUUCAAUUAAAUCAAUCAACGAAACUUGCUAUGAUCUGAUUAUGACUCGGUUUGAUAGUCAUGGAAAACAAUUGCAACAAUUAAGACCCGAGGCAAAGUUUAUCACCCAACGUGAGCAAUUAAUUAACCAAUGUGACCAAUUACAAACAUCAAUACGACAACGAUUGAAAUCAAAACGUUGGAAACGAGCUGAUUUAAUGACAUUUCCUGGGACUAAUUGGUGUGGCAAAGGAACCACAAGCAAUCAAUUCAAGAAAUUAGGACGACGAAGUACAACUGACCGGUGCUGUCGAGAUCAUGACCAUUGUAAACAUACAAUAUUACCAUUAACACGAAAAUAUCAUCUAUUUAAUUAUCGUCUCUACGUAAUCAGCCAUUGUGAUUGCGAUGAAAGGUUUCGAUCAUGUCUUCGCAUUUCUAAUACUGGAUCAUCCAAUUUGGUGGGGAAAAUGUUUUUCAACAUCGUUCAGACAAAAUGUUUCAUAUUCACCAAAGAAUCAACCUGUAAAAGGAGGUCAUGGUGGGGAAAGUGUAUUAAGAUGGGUAAAAUCAGAAAGGCCGUAAUCAAGGAUGGAUUAAAUUACUAAUCGAUGACAAUUAACAUUUUUUCCUCAAUAAAUUAACUUGAAUAUUGAUAAUAAUUUCAUUCAUCUUUUUCUUGUUUUCUUCAUUUCAAUCAACUUUUUAUUUUCUAAUUGUUGAUUUUUAUUACUUGUAAAUUCACCAAUCAAAUCUUGUAAUUAACUUAUAACUAAUCAUUUUGUCAAUUUUUAAUCAUUUCCCUUUCUCUUAAUUUGAUAUUAAUCAUCUGAAAAUGUUUCUUCAUAAACAAUUAAUUUAACAAUGAUCCUUGUGAAACAAUUUAAAUUGAUCAUAAUAUUUAUCAUCUCUUUAAAUUAAUGUUACUUUUUUUAAUAGUUUCAAUUUGUAUGGUAGCAGAAUUAAAUU